AUUAAAUAUAUUGUUGUCUUGUAGACAUAGUACAGGAUAUACCUAAUUUGGGACAAGAUAAUUUGUGUAAGAGUGUGUUAAUAUUAUUAUUCAUAUAACACUUGAUUAUAUCUUAGAUAUCUUUAGUGCUCAAUUUAACCUUCCCAAAUCUGCAGUGCCCUCAGGGCAAUAGAUAUUUCAGUUACACCAAAACACCUUUUUGCAGCAUGGCACCCUACUCCCUCACCAAAUUCUGACCCUUAUUUUGUUUAUAAGUUGGUUUAUUUUGCAUGGUCUUAUUGCUACGAUAGCUUUCUGAUACAUUCUUUCAAAUCACCCUAAUUAUAAGCAACCUAUUGAUACAUGUUAAAUAAUACACAUUGACAGACAAGACAGAAAGGUGCGAGCGCCAUAAUCACACCGAUCUACACCUAACCUCACGCUGAUCAGACAGCUCCAAUUUGCUUUGGUUAAUACAAUUCAUUAUCAUAUACAUGCUAUUUAUUUAAAAAUCUCUCAUAAUCACCUUUCCAAACAUUCAAACGUCAGUAGAAUUCACUGAUUUGAUUCUUUAUCUAUAUAUAUAAAAAUGAAUUGCUGUUCGCUAGUCUCGCUAAAACUCGAAAACGGACGGACCGAUUUGGCUAAUUUUGGUCUUGAAUUAUUUGUGGAAGUCCAGAGAAGGUUUAAAAGGAGAAUAAAUAGGAAAAUGCUGCUAAUUAAAUAAAAACAACAAAUUUGUUUUUACUUUGAUGUGUCCAUACAUAAUUUCUAUGAGAGAAUUUAUUGACGCACGGUUUGACAGUUCUGCUGUGAAACAAUUUCAGUAUAACAACAGGGUGCAUAUUUUACGAAGUAAUUCUUGAUGUUCUGAUAUAUUAUUGACGAAUUCAUAAAAAACAUUAUUUUAUUUAUUAUAUACAGAACAAUGUUUGUCGGGUCAGCUAGUAAUUUAUAUAAUUGAACAUAAUUAUAUUAAUUACUUGAACAGUACUUUACAAAAGUGCAAGUUGACUAAUAAAGUGGUGAGGGAUGAUAUUUCUCAUUGUAGUUUUUAUACAGUGCAGUCAAAGUGGCUUAGGUAAGACCUGCCUGAAAGCACAAGCUUUUGUUGGGGUAUAUGAAUACAGCCUUCAGUAACCAUGUUAUUAACAAAUGUUAAAAGAUAACCUAGAACUUCUAGUUAGGAAGAUUAAAAAUUUUAUACUACUAAGCGAUAUUUUAACACAUCUUCACACACAUUGAAGUCCAGUGCCUGUGUGGUACAAAAUACAAGUCUAGUUUUUGUGGAAGAAGAAGACAAACAAGAUCACCUGAUUUUGUGAUCAACUCAAGUCGCAUUGUGAGCAUGCGACUGGCCAGAAUCGCUUGGGGGACCUUUCCAACCCUUAAAAAUAUAACAUAAUUUGGGGUGUGGUUUUAAUGCUUUUUUCUCAGGAAUGGUGCAUUAUCUUGUACUUGAUGCCGGCUAGAUUGUGGGAACCACAACAGCGCCUAUUUCUGCCGUUAAACAGAAUGUAAAAAUAGCACAAUGGAUUCUGUAUCAUCCGACAGCAGUUCACAAGCGAAAGAAACAACUUCCACAGAAGCUGAGGAAGAGCAAGUUACUGAAGGGAGCAGUUCAAAUAAUGAUAGUUGGCGCUCCAGUCCACCGCUGCCACCCAAGGGGAUGUUCCGAUGUCUCUGCUGCCUGGGAAAGACAGUACGCUUACCAUCGGGACGGCUUCUAAACCACCUGCGAUAUUUUCAUGCCCCAGAUCUUAUUGAGAGCCGCUCUGACAACGGGGAAUACACCCAAGUAUGGCAAAUAUCUACAGUGCCCGGGAGGAUUGUCACAGCUAUACGUGUUGCAGACAUGGGCGUGUUCUUCCUGAUUAUUGAGAUGGAGUAUGACUCGUUCCAUGGAUGGUUGACCAUGGCAUCGGAUUCAUGGAUCACUCAUACAUUUUCGUACACUCUGACCAUAACUGGCAACGACCGUGAAGCAAUAUUCACGGAUUCUGUGCUGCCAUCGAAGUUGUGUGAAGGAACAUUGAAGAAACGUGGACACACACUGACUAUAACAGGAAAUGAUGCGCUAGCUUUAGUCAACACGGCGGCUGUCAACGGGAAGUUGUCAGUUCGACGGCUGCCGCUGGACGCGGUCGUGGCUCAGACCCAACCGCGGGUAGUUCUCCGGAUCGCCAACCGCGGGAGCGUACAAAGCGGCGGUUCGCCCGCUACACCCGACAUUGACAACCUGCAUCACGCCGAGGUGCCGCGGUACGUCGACCUCAGCCUGUUCAGCCUCAGCGCUGCGGACAGAGUCGCCCAAACGUAUGCAAGACGUCAAACACACGCUGAAGCAGAACAAAGAGAGGCCCAGCAACCGAUCAUUCCGGACCCAUCACCGUCUGAAAUGGAUCCCGUAGUACCCGUUGUAAAUAACAAUGGUAGGAGCCCGGGCCAGCAGCCCUUGUCACGAAGUGCUCGAAGACGAAUGCGGCAACGGAUGAGGGCCGCCCUCAACGUGACGGAGGCCCCGCGGGAGCCGGCACCGGGCAGGCGCCGGGAGGCAGCCAACAAUAACACACGAGAACUGCCUACCGUACCUGCUCAUUUAAUGUCAUUCAGUAUAAACGGAAACUCCGACCGAGGAAGAAUUGCCACAGACAGCCAGCCAUUGAGCAGAGGAGGUCAGCGAAACCAUAGAUAAAUUAGUGCUAGGAAUGAUGUUAUCAAAUUAAUUUUCAAAUGACGCAUCAAUUUUACAUUGAUUUUUAUUUCUUAUCUCUCUGGGGUGCUCACAUUGUAAGUAUAUAAAUGUAAAUAAUCCUGGCUUUUCAUUAUUGAUAUUAGUGCUGUGAUAAAGUUGUACAUGAAUGAGCAAUGCAUGCAAUUAUUUAAAUAAUACUAUUUGUAACUCAAAUGACUGUCUGGAUGUCCCCAGAGGUAGAAUGGACUUGACUUAUUUGUUAUCAAUUAGAUAUAAAUAUAUGUAAUAGGUAAUUGACACGAUGUUUAUGUUUCUUAACAAAUUAAUUUAGGUGAAUUAAUUGUUUUCAGAAAAGGACCCAAUUUCACCAAAAUAAUUUUAAUUGUAUCUAAUGGAGUAUCAACUCAAUGUUUCUUAAUUACAGCCAGUGUUGUUAAAUUGUUUCAAUUAGUUUUAAUAUUUUCUGAUCUCUGUAUUUAGUCAGACACAGUCUGUAUGCUUUUACUUAAUCAAACUACAAAUAAAUUAAUGUUCUAUUAUGUAUCUCUGUAUAGUCUGUUAAAACUACUAACAGUGUGGUGAAAUUAGCUCUUAAGUACUAGUAUAUUAUUUUACAAUUAAUUAAUAUUGCUUGUUAUUAGCAUAAUUUUUUUUUGACAUAGAUAUUUGAUUUCAAUAAUCAUUUUUUACAAAACAAAUCUCAAAUAUUACAA